AUGUCAGUCCUGCCUCCUCCAAGCCCACAGCCAGUCCCUGCCGCCGAGCUCCCUGCGCAACAGGCGACGCUUGAGCCCGAUGGCAUGUCCAGCACCGAAUGGCUGAAGAACGUCAGGACUGUUGUCGCGGAGGACACACUGUACUGCGACGACUACAGCGUGACCGUCCCAGCGCAGAGGAUGAUCACAGCAUACCACGUGUCCGGCGUCAAAGGGCUAACGCUGAUCAACACUAACGUGUGCGACUCGGACCUUCGCGACGGUCUUCUCUUGGGCCUGAGCGCUGCAAGCUUCACGACAACCGUGAACACGUACAACGGUCGGCGGGAUUUUCUCUCUAUUACGCCGUACCCUCGGUCAGCCAAGCUGGACAGUCGCAGCCAUCGAUACACGAUGACGUUUGACCCGAACAUGUUUUCCAAGUUCCAUAUGGCUCAAACAACAGAGCGAGGGGUGAGGCAAGUGCACUAUUUGCUGUUAGCCAAGGCCGACCCCUUCGAGAGCCGCCUCGCGGGCUUCGUCCACGCUUGUCAUCCCCUCCUUCUAAAUCGCAUGUGGACCAAGUUCUUUCCUCAGGGUCAAGCGAACGAUUACAACCAACACAAGACCGUCGUAAAUGUAUUCUUUGCCCACCGUGUGGGUGUAGAAUACCGCGACCGCGUGAGGAAAGUAGGUGACGCCUUCGAAAUCGAGGCGGUCGAGCCGUCGAUAUGGUACGAUCGGUUGUUGGCACAUGCUGUGCGCAAGAAGCGCGUGGCGGCUGUCACGA